CACAUGUUUUUCCAUCGUCAUCGUGGUCGACAACAAUGAACAGAUUCACCGCCGUCCUUAACUACGGUGAAAGCAUCACCCAUGCAUCACCGCUUUAACAACAACAGUGAAUACAUCACCGCCGUAAAGAUAAACGGUGAACUAAUCACCGCGCUAAACGACAAUGGUGAACACAUCAUUGUUAUUGACAAAAAUGAUGAAUUUAUCACCACGAUUGAGAAGAGCAGUGAACGUUUAUCACGUUUUCCAACCCUGGUAGGCGAAAAAUUAAGUCACAACAACUUAGCAUUCACCGCAGUGAUUGUUGGUUUUUUUCAUAUAAAUAAACUACCCUACGUAGCUGCUGGAAAAACCUGCCCCAUUCAUCUCAAAUUUUUGCAAAAAUCCUCUUCUCGGCCUGCUUCUAGCAACUACGGUUACAGAAACUCAAAAUUUUCGGUAUGAUAUAAUUCUGUAUUUGUUUAGAUUUUUAUAUUUUCAUAAUUAUAUGUUUGUAUUUAAUGAAUUUUUGUUAGUGGAAAUUUUGUUAUGUUAGAGAUAUUUAGAUUAAUUUGUUUAGUAUACUCAUGUCAUUGUAAUGCUAUAGGUGGUCCAUGUUUCGAUUAGUUAGUUGCGGUUGUUUAUGGUUUUGGAUUAUAUUAUUUUCGUAGCCCUAAUUAUAUUGUACUAAUUUUAAUCCACUUAAGCUAAUUGUUACUUAUUAUAAAUUGCAGACAUGGGUAAAUUCAAGAAGUUUUAGCUUCUUAUUUCGUGGAGUGGUCGGGUGACAAACUCUGGCAUUGGGAUCGAUUAUGAAGACAGUGAAUCCACUAUGUUGCAAAUAGAGUCGAGAUUCACGUGGCAAGAACUCUAUGACAUUUGUGCAUACAGGAUUUGUAUGGGCGGACAAACGAGAGAUGGUAAAAUUAUUUAUCGGUAUCCAAACAUGAGUGUUGGCGGGGUUAUGUACGAAAAAGUUGUCAUAAACGAUGAUGACGCGGUUACCAUGAUGUUACAGUUCCUAGCUGACAACUGGAUGCGACUUGCAAAGGUGUAUGUUGAGACUGAGGCGGUCAUUGAAAAUCAUUCUAACCAGUAUUCGUAUGAUGAUGGUUUUGCAGGAGGGUACAGAUGGGGUGGUAGUUCAAGCAACUACGGAGGAGGUAGUUUUGCAGGAGGGGUUCCAUGGGAAGAGUACAUGCAACAUGUUGAGCCUGCCCAUUCGUUGAGCCUGAGGGCGUUCAAUGGCCUGCUUGGAGGCCAGAGUAGGCUGACAUAGAGAACACCAUUAGAUCUGGCCGUACUUCGCAUGAGCGAGAAGACGUUGUUGGUGGUGCUGGUCACGAUGAUCCUCCUGGCCCGAGCUAUCCAUUUGUCUCCAACGAAGAGGAAAAUGAGGAAGAUUUUAGAUCAGUCGGCGAGGAGGAAGAUACAGACGAUAUCGACGACGACGAGGUGGCGUUCUGUGAGCCACCAAAGUCAUACUACACAGAGGUUCCAUCUCAAUUUUUAUACGAUGCCCCCGACUUUCUUCCUAUGCCAGUGUAUAAUCCGACGGCCAAUUGGAGGUGGGUAUGGCGUUCACUUCGAAAGACGUUGUUCAAGAUGCUUUUAGCGAAGAAGCCAUGCAGCGCAAUUUCGAGUGGAAGAUAAAAUAUUAUGACGGCAAACAACUACAUGUCAUAUGCAAGAAUGCUGGAGAGGGUUAUAUGUGGCAAUUGCGGGCUGCAAAUAUGAAGAGAAAGGGUACCUGGGUCAUUCUAAAAGCAGAGAACAACCAUAGCUGCUCCUCGUCCAUACUUUUCCAGGAUCACUGCCAACUUAAAGCAAAGAAAGUGGGGAGAACUAUAAAGCAUUUGAUCGAGGGACAACUAUAUAUCAAGAUCAAAGCUAUCAUGGCCGAGGUGAAGGAUCGACAUUCCUACACGAUCAGGUACAAUAAGACAUGGCAUGGAAAGCAGAAGGCCAUGUCUGAGGUGUAUGGUGAUUGGGAUGACUCACAUGUUUUACUCCCUAUACUAAUGGCCGCAAUGGAGGAGUCCAACCCUAGGACUGUUUUCGUGCCGUGGUACAAUAAUGUACAAACUGAAGAUCAAGUUCGAGUAUAGAAUGAGUUGAUGUUUCACUGUCUAUUUUGGGAAUUCAAGCCAUGCAUUGACGGGUUUGCCUUCUGCAUUCCAGUGAUCCAGGUAUAAAUCAAACUAAUUACUGUUGUACAGUUCAUUUUUUAACUAAGUAAUAGUUAUACUAAUUAAAAUUAUUUGGGUAAUGACUAUUUAUUAGACAAACCUUUUUCAACUUCUUUUUUAUUAGCCAAACCUAUCGAAAUACUAAGAAUGAGUCAAAUGUUAACUUCCAGUUAGCAAUUUUGUUAGUAAUAUUGAAUUGGCAAUAUGAUACUGACUUGGAAGAGACACAUAAAGGUCAACAAUCCAAAAUUUUAGUAUUUUAACCGAGAAAAGAGUUACCAAAUUAUUAACGAUAACGUAAAAAUGGCUAAUAUUUUGAUGCCUUACGAAAGAUUUGGCUAAUUAAUGAGAACUUCUACUAUGCUAUAUAGAAUUAGUGCUUUAAUGUACAACUUGAAGUUGUACCAUUACAUUAAAUGUAUAAGUUUAGGUUGUACCAUAAAGCAAUUUGUAUCAUUAUGUUAUGGUACAACUUUGAAACUUGAAGUUGUAUCAUCACAUAAAGGUACAAGUACAAGUUGUACCAUAAAAGAAUUUGUGCAAAAAGUAUAGGUACAAUCUGAAGUUGUACCAAAACGUUAAAGGUACAAUUUCAAGUUAUACCAUAAAGGCAAAAACCUAUA